AGACUACGAAACGGAGGCAUCAUUGUAGAACUAACCUCAUCAACAGCAGCAAAUUGGAUUCACCUCCCAGAAAAUCGAAUCAAAAUCAUCGAGGCACUCAACAUCCCGGCAACAAUUAAGGAACGAAGAUUCUCCAUCAUCGUACCAUUCUUGCAAACCUCCUCCGAAAUAGAAGACCCAGAAUGGAUACGCCUUGUAGAAGAAGAAAACGAUCUCAGUAAAGGAGUUAUAGAAUCAGCGCAAUGGAUCAAACCAAGGAUAAGACGAGCGCCCAACCAAAGAGUAGCUCACGCCAUCCUCCAUUAUACAGACUCAAACGCAGCCAACGUCGCACUACGGGACGGCAUAUACAUCAAUAAAGAAAAACUCCAUCCUCGCAAGGACAAGAAAGAACCAGUGCGGUGCGUCAAAUGCCAGCUAUGGGGCCAUAUAGCUAGAGAUUGCCAUGCACCCCGCGACACGUGCGGGACAUGCGGCAACACCCACCGCACAAGCGAAUGUCACGCAUACAAAACCUUCUACUGCGUCAGUUGUGAUGCAAACGACCAUGCCAGUUGGAAUAGAAAUUGCCCGGAAUUCGAAAACCGAUGCGCAGGCAUCGACGCAAAACAUCCAGAAAACUCUAUGCCCUUCUUUCCAACAAAAGAC